AUGGCAGAGCAAGCCGCCCAAGGUGCUGCACCCCAAAGAGCAGACGAGCCGCGCAGGCCCGGACCACGUGAGCAGGCAGAGGGGCGGUGCUCCGGGGUCCCCAGGGGGCGGGGAAAGCAGGGCCCGCGCGCCGAUUGGCCACCGACGAGCCGCGAACGCGAUCCGUCAAAAUGGGCCUCGCGUGGGCGGGAACAAAGAAGCGAACCCCCGAGCCCGGAACCCGGAGCGCGGGCGCGAGCCCUCCGCAGCCUGGUGGAGCCGGCGCGAGUGGCACGGCCGGGGCACGUGCAACGGGAGCCCCUGGAGUGGCGCGCCGGGGACGUGAGUGUCCCCUUGCCUUGGCCCUCACCUGACCCCUUCCCCGCCCACCGCGUGCGCUUCGGCACCGCUUCAGUCAUCCGAGCAGGCCCCGCCCUCCGCCGCGGCCACAGCCAGCCGGGAGGCCGCUCGGACCCGGGCUGCGUCGACCCUGCAGCCGGGACCCCCCCCCCCGAGGCGACGCCGCCCCGCGGCGACGGCGGAACAGUCGCCACCACCCAGGGGGUCAUCGCGGGUCCGGCGCGAGGACGGAACACGCGUGCGCCGGGCGGGAGGGCGGGCGAGCGCGCUGCAGCUUCGGGUGCACGCCGCCUUUUUCCCGGAGCAGCCAAGCGGUCCCAGCCGCCGCCGCUCCGCACUGGGGGACUGAGGGCGCAGGACGGGAGUGGGCCAGACCGGACGCGCGACACAAAAGGCUCUCCAGGCAAGAGGGACUGUGGCCCUGCGACGGCGCAGCCCGGGAUUUGUUGCGCAUCGGACUCGCUCCUCUGA